AUGGUUGAAAUCUGUAUGGUAGUGUCUUCAGCUGGCUUCCUAAGCCAGUACAGCCAGUCCUUGAACCAGUACAGUCAGUUCUUGAACCACUACAGUCAGUCCUUGAACAAGUACAGUCAGUCCUUGAACCAGUACAGUCAGUCCUUGAACCACUACAGUCAGUCCUUGAACCAGUACAGUCAGUCCUUGAACAAGUACAGCCAGUCCUUGAACCAGUACAGCCAGUCCUUGAACCAGUACAGUCAGUCCUUGAACCAGUACAGUCAGUCCUUGAACCAGUACAGUCAGUCCUUGAACCAGUACAGUCAGUCCUUGAACAAGUACAGCCAGUCCUUGAACCAGUACAGCCAGUCCUUGAACCAGUACAGCCAGUCCUUGAACCACUACAGCCAGUCCUUGAACCACUACAGCCAGUCCUUGAACCACUACAGUCAGUCCUUGAACCAGUACAGCCAGUCCUUGAACCAGUACAGCCAGUCCUUGAACCAGUACAGCCAGUCCUUGAACCAGUACAGUCAGUCCUUGAACCACUACAGUCAGUCCUUGAACCAGUACAGCCAGUCCUUGAACCAGUACAGUCAGUCCUUGAACCAGUACAGUCAGUCCUUGAACCAGUACAGCCAGCCCUUGAACCAGUACAGUCAGUCCUUGAACCAGUACAGUCAGUCCUUGAACCACUACAGUCAGUCCUUGAACCAGUACAGCCAGCCCUCAGCCAAUACAGCAAACCAUGUAACCUCUCCUUAA